UACUUGGGUUCUGUGGAUGACUUGGAAGAUGUGACGGCUUAGAGGCUGCUACUAAUGGCCAUGUCCCACCUGCUGUCCCUGUUCCUGCUCCUGCUCCUGCCGGCCCGGGGAUGCUCCAGGGAGGAACCCCAGAAACUCUGUGCCCACGACUUCAUCCGGGCCCUCGUCCGGGUCUGUGGCGGCCCCCGCUGGGCCCCCCCUGAGGAAAGGCAGGGCAUCAGUGGUGACCGAGAAAUACUUCAGUUACUUCAAAACAGACCCUUCCCAGGAAUGGCACCAGACGCCAACACGGAGGAGAACUUGGACGUGGGACUGAUGCUGAGGCCUGGCCUGGUUGCAGAUGCAGGGGGACUGGAGCCCCACUCUGGCAUCUACAGAGCCCAUCGCUGGAGAAGAGCCCCCAGCCCAGCCAAACACUGUUGUAACGACGGCUGCACCAAACAAGAUCUGCUAGCUUUCUGCCCCCAUUAGUUUCCCCAGAAAGGAAAACUGAGGCAGAAAGGUCCACUGACUUCUCCAAGUACUCCCAAGAAGAUCAAAGGAACAGAGUCUGGGGUCUAGCCCGGGCUGUGUGGUGCCUUAGCUCUGAACUCAGUCUCCUGGGGUUUGGGUUCAAGCCUGUGGCCUUCAGUGGUCCCCAGAUCUCCCUGCAGCAAUUGGAGGCUUGACUAGAAAGUCUGUAGUUUCUGGGGGAGGGAAAGAGAACCAGGCAAGGUUAUUACCUCCGCUAACCCUGAGCUCCAAUGUUGUGACUUCAAAUAUCCUCACUUUGUCUUCUGUAUUUGUCCCGGGUGGGGGGGGAAACCCUAAGAAACUAGCAAAGGGUAAUGUUUGUCUGUGGUGCGUUGAGGGAUGGGGUGGAGACCUUGGCUGAAGUCACUCCCCAUGGGGACCAGUGGGUGGUUGUUGCCCCUAGGAGUCCAAGGAGAAGAAGAAUUUUUAAAGUGGUUUUCUUCUAAUCACCCCGGGAUGGAGAUUAUGGAAAAGACAUUUCCCCCAACUUGCAGAUAAGGCUACUGAAAAGAAGUGGAAAAAAUCCGGAUCACAAAUGGCAGUCAGUAGAGACCAUCUGUCUUUUUACAGAUAAGGAAAGUAGGUCUCAAGAAGAAAUCAUAAGCUAGUCUCAGCAGUCUGCUGAGUCCAGAUUGGCUUCUUUUUCCUAUGUUCCGUUGUCUUUGUGGACUUCAGGGCCUCUGUGCACGGCUAAGGCCUCCAUGACCCAGAAAUCCAUUGCCCUCCAGCACUUAGGUGGCAUGCUGGGUAGAGGUAGAGGGCUAGUCAGGAAGACCCAAGUUCAAAUCCAUAUACGACCCUGAGCAAGUCACGUUGUCUGCCUCAGUUUCUUCAA